UCGCCCAGACGCUCGGAUGCAUUUGUCACUGGAUACCAUGAGCAUGGUGGACGACAGCUGCCUCUCACCCUCCAACUUCCACGAGAUGGGGAAAGGCGGAGGCGUCGCCGCCGGAGGCCGAGUCCACAGCAUCGACGUCAUCCUGGGCUUCAGCAAAGAGCAGGACCCCCUGAUGAGUCCGGCUCCGGGGCCCCUCAAGGUGAACAUGGACGGUCUGGGGGAAGCGGCAGGGAAGCAGCAGGAGAACUCUUCACAUCCGUCCUACAGCGGACACCUUUCUGCUCUGAGGAGCAGCAGCAGCAGCGAGCAGCAGUACCACGGUGAACUUGACACCGGCUUGUUCUCGGAUAAGUGUGACGAGGAGCUGAGCGAGCUGAGGAAGAGCGUGGACAGCGAUGAAGGAAAGUCUCCGGAGCCCUGUAAGGAUGACCAGCCCAAGAAGAAGCACCGAAGGAACCGGACCACCUUCACCACCUAUCAGCUGCACGAGCUGGAGCGAGCCUUCGAGAAGUCCCACUACCCCGACGUGUACAGCCGCGAGGAGCUGGCCAUGAAGGUGAACCUGCCCGAGGUCCGAGUUCAGGUCUGGUUCCAGAAUCGCCGUGCUAAAUGGCGCCGGCAGGAGAAGAUGGACGCCAGCACCAUGAAGCUCCACGACUCCCCCAUGUUGUCCUUCAACCGUCCGGCUCCGGUCCACUCCAGCAUGGGCCCCAUGUCCAACUCCCUGCCACUGGACCCCUGGCUCACCUCCCCCUUGUCCAGCGCCACACCGGUCCACAGCAUCCCGGGCUUCAUGGGUCCGGCUCAGGGCCUCCAGCCCGGCUACCCCGGCCACGGCUUCCUCAACUCUAGCCCUCACGCUCCUCACCCCCACUCCCAUCCUCACCCGUCCAUGGGCCAGGGGAUGCAGAACAUGGCUCCGCCCCCCUACCAGUGCCCGGCGCCGUACCCGGAUAAAUACCCGCUGGAGGACGUGGACCAGCGCAGCUCCAGCAUCGCUGUGCUGAGGAUGAAAGCCAAGGAACACAUCCAGUCCAUGGACAAGACCUGGCAACCCAUGUGACUAGCAAACCUGGCGGCCCACGUGAGCAACGCCGGGAUGGGAGAACUCGUUUUUUCGGAGUAAAAUGUUGGAAAAGUUGACAGUGACAUGUUCAGAGAGUGAAAAGAGUGGAUUUGAAGAACUUUUUUUGGAUGGUCUUUUUAUUUUUUACCAUCUCAAGGACGUGAAACCGACCCAUGAAACCUGAAGUUUGUCGUUUUGAGCUGCCAAGUGUCCGAUGCCCGUCCUCACACCGAUAUUUAGAUGUUUAGUUUUCUUUCUGUUGCUCCUUAUCGACCAGUUUUUACAACAAAAAGUACUUUUACAGCCAUUAGUUGAAUUCAUUCUGAGUCACAAACAAGCUCUACACACAUGAAAGUCAUCGCAAAACCAUUUUUUCAAAGUCAUUUUCUGAGAAAAAUGUUGGAACAGUCAACAUUGACAUGUUCACAGAGCUAAAAAAGUGGAUUUGAAGAACUUUUUUUUGUUGGUCUUUUUAUUUUUUUACCAUCUGAAGGACGUGAAAUUGACCCAUAAAACCUAAAGUUUGUUAUUUUAAGCUGCUUAAUGUCGGAUAUCGACCCGUUUUUACAACAAAAAGUACCUUUACUAUUAGUUGAAUUCGUUCUCAGUCACAAACAAGCUCUGAACACAAAUAAUUUCUGCAAAUCCAUCUUGUGAACAUCAUUUUCUGAGAAAAAUGUUGGAAAAGUUGGAAGCGAUGUGCUAAAAAAAGUGGAUUUUUUUAUGUUGUUUUGUUUUUUAUCAUGUCGCGGACGUGAAACUGACCCAUGAACUCUCAAGUUUGUCAUUUUAAGCUGCCAAGUGUCCGACAUCUGUUCCCCCCUCAAUAUUUAGGUGUUAAGUCUUGCCUAUGUUGCUGUAAAAGCAAAUAGAUUCUCCAUAAUUGCAGCUUAGACGCUCCUAAAUGCAGAUUUCUGUCCUUGUCUACCACUUUUUUUAGAACAAAAAGUACCUUUACAGCCUCUGUUGAAUUCAUUCUGAGUCACAAACGAGCUCUGAACACACGUCGCUGCAAAACCAUCUUUUCAUCUUCAUUGACGAGAUCUCAAUGAAUGAAAAUCGCCAAAAUGUAGGAAUUCUUUUCAUUUUCGUGUUUUUUUAAGCUAAAUCUGACAUUCGCUGUUCGUUCUUUACUUUCUCCAUUUCCUCCGUUGAGUUUGUGUUUUUACUAAUUAAGCCAAUUGUCAGAUUUUCAUGGGUCAACUGAUCAGAGUCUCUGAGAACUUUGCUAACAAUGAAGGUCUGGUUUGGGAAAUCAAGGUGACGUCUCUUCCUGUACAUUUCACCAGCUGGUUUCCAUUUUAUCUCCCAGUUUCAUCGUGUUUUAUUCCCAGUUUAGACGUUGGAGCCCUUAGUUUUGAUACGCUGGUGUGACUGGAGGAAGGACUGCAAAAAACCCUGUAAAGUCUGAUGGCACCUUCGUGGACCAGGACUGAGAAUAUACCAAAAAUAAUCUGCACAAAUGCUUUCCUGAGUCGCUUUAACGAAGGAUGGAGGUUUUAAAAGGACAGAACGACGGGUUUGGCUACAGCAGCAACCCUGUUUUUGCUUGAGUGGCUGCUGGAGGAGAAAACCUGUUGGCAGCUCGGUGUUGGGCGGCUGCGACUACGUGCAGGGCAGCAGAAAGAGCCCUGUGUGAUGCGUCACCCCACAUAGUUCACUCUUUGUUCGGCACAAUUGAUCCAAGUGUAUCCUCUUUGUCUGGAGCCGAAGGGGGAGAAACGGUCUCGGGCUGCACUAAAUAGGCCCUUGUAACCAUUUUGUUAUUGAAGUUUUUUUUUGUCUCCAUCAAAGGAGAAGAAACGUGGAUUGGAGCUGCGACGUUCAUUAGCGACACAAUAUUGGUCUUUUGCCAUCUGUUGCAGCUCCGAUUGUCUUCAAGGUACAGAAGCUAAACAGAUAACGCAGCUAGCAGGCAACGUCCUCCAACGAGUCCACGACUUCUGAUAAUGCUUCAAACUUUUACUCGCGGAACAUUUUAGGGAAAGUUGUCAUUUCCAACAAUGUUCUUACUCAGCCAGCAGAUAAAGUUCCCCAAACAUCAACCAACUUUACCUACAAGUUCUACCAAAUUUUCAAGUUUUAAUCUAAUGUUCACGGAAAGUUUUAGGGAUAUUUCUCAUUUCCAACAAUGUUCCUAUGCAGCUGGCAGGCAACGUUCUUCAAACAUCGGCUGAUAUUGCCCACGAGAUCUAAUAACAUUUCAAAGUUUUACUCGCAGAACGUUUUAGGGAAAGUUGUCAUUUCCAACAAUGUUCCUACUCAGGGAGUAGACGACGUUCCCAAAACAUCAACUAACCUUUCCUACAAGUUCUCUUAAAAUAAAUACUCGUUUUUCCAACAUCUGCCCUUCGUCUGGUUGAGAUUUUUCACUUUAACACCAACAAACAGUUGCAAGAACAGCAAUCUUGAGUCGUUUCUCCUAAAUGUGUUCCUCAGAGACGUCCUCUGGUUCUUCAGAUCCCUGCUGGACCUCGACACGUUGACGUUGCACAUUCAGAGCGUCUGAAGGACAUUACUAUGAUAUUGGGCCAAGAAUAAGCCAAAGGUUAGAAAAUGGACAAAGUUGCACUAGAACAGUUUUAUUUUUUUUUGGAUGUGAAAAUGUCCAGGAUGUUGUUCUACAUGUCUUAGUUCUGUCUGUCUUAGUUUGUUUUUAUUUGAUUUUGUCUGCAUCGUUGAUGGAAAGAAUGAAGAUCUACUGAAAAUAAAUAUAGUUUGGUAGAAAUUCA